CGGCGCUCCAUCCUCGCCAUUUUGAGCACAGAGUGAAGCACUUUUACAGCCCAGGAAUAAAAGCUACGCGUUACAAGCACCGAGGCCAAAGAUCACACACAACUGCUGCAUCAGAAUGGAGGACAGCAGUGGCAUUGCUGUUCUCGUGCCUCAGCCUAGAGGCCAACAGGAUGCCGUCUUCAUUCCUGACCCACAUCUUCAUGAUGGCAAAGACCAGCAAAGGCAACAAAAGCAGGCUGCUGACUCUCUCAUUCAGGUCAUCGAGAAACUCAGCAAAAUUGUGGACAAGCGACCCCGGCGAUGCACGGUUUCUGGGAAAAAGAGACCCUCGAUGACUUGUGCUUCUGUACCUGUUCCAGACAGCAGAGACAACCCGAGUGGGGCCACACCUUGUAAGAGAACCCGAGAGCAGAGGAAGGACCACCCAGGAGCGGAGUUUGAACAGGAACCUUCCGGUCUAGGCACUCGGACUGUUACUUGCUACCAGUGCAGUAUGUGCCGAUUUAUCUCGCCCACAUUGGAGCUGUUGAAGGAGCAUUUGCAGUGCCACGACGAACAGCACAGUGACCUCAUUCUCAUGUGCUCAGAGUGCCAGUUUACUUCUAAUCACCAAGAGGAGCUAGUGGCACAUAUAAGACUUCACCUGGAGGAGGGGGGGCAUGCGAGAAACAUCACAGAAGAGCAAGGGACAAUAUCAACGAGGAGCGUUCAGCAAGGGAUGACAGACUUGAAGGCUGAAUCAGAGGACUCAUCUACACCGAAGAAGUGGUACAGCUUCGAGGCAGGUAGGUACCGUUGUCUCAUCUGCAACUACGAAUGCAGACAACAACGUAAUCUGAAGACCCACGCGUGGAGACAUGCUGGCCUCGUUGACUGCUCGUACCCUAUAUUUGAAGAUGAGACGGAGUGUUUCGAUACUCAGACAGUACGAACGCAAACCUCUAGUUCUCCUUUUGUUCAGACAGGAAAGGAGGAUACAGUUGUAGUCCUUGCCGCUGUAGGUGGUAAACCUCAGAUGGUGCACGGUUCAUCCAGUCUCCAGCUAGAGCUGUGUGCCUCACCUGAAAUGAAGUGUCAUGGGGAGACUGGAGCUGGGAAAUCGGUAGAGACCAAAAACCCUGUUACAAACCAAAUUUUUUCUAUUAAGGACUCUGAGGAACCCGUAUUGGAGGUCCAGGUAACCCCAGAGGCGCAAAUGGAGCUUGAGUUAGAAACAGAGAACCAACAGGGAAGCUCUGACAGCCUUCUAUCCUCCGCACAAAAGAUUAUCAGCAGCAGCGGCAAUAGUGCAGGCCACGUCAACGUCAUUGUGGAACGCCUCCCCUGCGCCGAAGAGCCGGUGUCAAACAAGCCUUUGCUCCUCAGUCCAGAAGUCGGAGGAGACAAGACUCUUCUUGCCUCUGAGGAACCAGAGUUGGAGAGCCAACACCACCCCAUAUAUUGCAAACAAGACGAGGAGGAUGAGGAGGCUGGGGAUGGCUGGAAUGGAGAUGAUCGACAACAGAAUAAGGAGACGGUGUCUUCAGGGUCUCACUCAGAUGAAAAUGUGCCACCAGUUCGGAGAAGAACUCAUUCAGAGUCUUUACGGCUGCAUUCUUUGGCAGCCGAGGUGCUAGUGGCCAUGCCCACGAGGGCCCCUGAGCUUAACAAAACUGCUGUGAAGGGUGUGCAUGGCUUAUGUACGCAGAGCCCCGACACGGGCCAGAGAAUUAUAGAGAUUUCUACCACGAGCCCCAAGACAAACUCAGGAGAUCUCACUGCUGCGAUUGGAGAUGCAGGUACUCUUCUUAACCUCGGCCUUCAGAGUUCAAACAGUCCAAAAGAUGUGCUGGUAGGAGGUGCAUCUAAAGCUGGCAUCAGUAUGUCUCUUUUGACCGUUAUUGAACGACUGCAGGAGCGUUCAGAUCAAAACACGUCUGAUGAGGAUAUUCUGAAAGAGUUGCAGGACAAUGCCCAAAGUCAACACGGUGGUGGAGUCGCAGGGGGUGUUGUUGGAUCUGGGGAUGUUUCCACUACAGAGAGUCUGGUGGAGUAUAUUGCUGGAAAUGAGAGGCCGUACCGCUGUCGACUGUGCCGUUACAGCAGUGGGAACAAGGGCUAUAUAAAGCAGCACCUCCGUGUGCAUAGACAGAGGCAACCUUACCAGUGUCCCAUAUGUGAGCACAUCGCCUGUGACAGCAAGGACCUGGAGCGUCACAUGAUCCACCACUGCAAGAGCCGCAUGUACAGCUGCAAACAGUGCAGCGAGAGUUUCCACUACAAGAGUCAGCUGAGGAGCCAUGAGAGAGAGAGACACGGGAUUGAUGAUAUCAGCAGCACGCUGACCCACGUCACUGAAAGCACAGUAACUGUGGAAGAAUCAGAAAAAAUGACAGAUGAAGAUCCAUCCAGUGAACGGAGCAUUUUUAAAUGUGAUGUAUGUGACUACACCAGUUCCACGUAUGUUGGGGUGCGCAACCAUCGGCGAAUACACAACUCUGAUAAACCAUACAGGUGCUGCAGCUGUGACUUUGCCACAACUAAUAUGAAAAGUCUGAAGGGCCACAUGAAGAAACACCCACAGGAACAUCAAGCCAUGCAGCUGCUGGAGCAGUACAGGUGCUCCCUAUGUGGUUACGUGUGUAGUCACCCGCCAUCUCUCAAGUCUCACAUGUGGAAACACGCUGGAGAUCAGAAUUAUAACUAUGAGCAAGUGAACAAGGCCAUCAAUGAGGCCAUUUCCCAGAGCAGCCGAUCACCUAUUUUGCCUCUGAAAUCAGCACCCGAGACUGUUGUGGAGCAUCCAUAUGUUGUCUUAAGCAGAAAAGACAAGCAGUCAUUUGAGAUGGCUUCUGCCACAGGGCCCAUGAACACCGGCGCACCGGAGGGUAGCCCUGUGAGAUCAUCUUCCAGCGGGACUGGGCCUGUGGUGUGGCGCGGCGGCCCAGGGCAGGCGCGGCCAGGUAUGGAAUAUUGUGUGCUGCUUUUCUGCUGCUGUAUCUGUGGCUUCGAGUCCACCAGUAAAGAGCAGCUGAUGGAGCACAUGAAGCAGCAUGAGGGAGAUCUCAUCAGCAUCAUACUGAGCAAAGAGCAGCAGGGAAAUCAGUCGAAAGAGAUGAGCAGCGGCCAGUGACCCACCACACAUACUUGGGUUCCUUUUGUUUCUGCACAACUUUACUGUCAAAACAUCUUUUCUUCCUCUUCUUUCUUUCAUGUUCUCCGUCCUUCUUUAUUUCUUCCUUUUUUCCCCUCUGUGUUAGUUUCUGUUUGUUUUAUUGACCAUAGACACAACAUUUCAAAGAGAUUCAGUGUCAGAUCAAGUGUAAUUGCUAUUUCAGCAUAGGAAGGAGUCAUUUUCAUUGUGAAUUAUGCAAAUUGUGAUUUUGUUUGCAAAAACAUUUAAUACCUCAUCUGUUUAGAAUAUUUUCAACAUAGCGAACACACUUUAUGAAAACAAGGCAGCUUCUUCUGUUCACUGUAAUAUUAUUUAUAUCUAUAUUUCUUAUGUGCAUUUACUUUUAAGUUGGCACUUGCCAUGCCAUAUUUGAAAGUAGAGCGGCAGAUUUCCUCCAUGUUCUCAAAUGUGUGUCAGUGUUUGCAUUUUGAUAUUUAUCAAACUAAUUUAUUUUUAUAUGCAUGUUCCCUUCCGUUAUGUUUAGUUUGGUGCUAAAGGUUCUGCACUUAAUAAUGGAUGUAGAAAUCUUUACUGGGAAUGUAUCUUAAUACUGUAUAUAAACAGUAUAUUAUUAGUUUAAUUGUUUUCUGAUUGAAACAGCUGCACAAGUGUAAAAACUGGCCCGGUUAAAAAAAAGUAUUUUUUAUGAUACAAAGGGCUUGUUCUUACCAGGCUUUAUUAUUGUUAUUAUUCAUAUCAAAAUCUAGUUAUUACAAAAGUUAAAAUGCCAAAACUUGAAGACUUGUUCUCAUUCUACUUUUUGCAGUACAUGGAUAAAACGCACACACAACUUUUUUUUUUAUUCGCAAUCAUACUGCUGUAAUCGCAACGAAAGCCUUUGCAAUUCAUAACUGGGUCAUGGGUUUGAAAAGCUGUAUUUUUUAAUUUUUUUGCUUGAUCACUACCACUGACAUUUCCUUGAGAAAACUCUCUAAUUCUGGAUUUGACCUUAGAUUCCUUCAAUUUGCUUUUUAUAUGCUCCAUAUUUACCAAGGGAGAUUUGCAUGCACUUAAAGUUUGUUUUGUCAACAGUCUAAAAUGUAAAAUUAGUAUGAUAAAAGGGCAUUCAUAAUUCAUGCAGACGUCUCAUCGCUCCGUAUCAGAGAAAUUAAAUCGAAGAAAUUUAAUCAUAGGAAUUUACAUACCAGAUUAUUAUAAUCUAAACCUAAUUUACAAUUCAGACUGCAAGUGUUACAGGAAUAGUAAUGUGGUCUGCAUAUAAACCUUGAAGUCGUGCUUUACAUAUGCAUCUUAAUAAAGCUUAAGUUAUACUCGUGCGUCGGACCGCCUACGCAGAGACGCGUACCCUGUGCGUACCCUACGCCAUAGCCUGAAGCGCACCUCUCCAAAAAUGUAACAACACGUCAACUCAACGCGGACCGCAAGCGCUGUGAUUGGUCUGUUUGAACCCCUCCCUCAGGUCAAAAAACUCCACGAUAGCAUCAUGUUUACUCAAAUGCAUUUCCAAAUGAAUUAUCAAAGUAAAUAAUUUGUGCUUCUGUAUUUAACAUCUCAAGCUGCAACAAAAGUUUACUUGCCACUAUCACUGCUAAUGCUUCUCAAACCAGCUUAUUCUUCUUCGGCUCUUGUCUUGGUUACACAAGUAACACGCCUAGUGGUCAUUGCCUGUCGACGCGGACAACGACGCAGAAGUGUAAAUGAAAACCGACACGUAACAUACGGCGUAGGUCCUACGCGCGACUAUAACUUAAGCUUAAUGAUGAAAACUAAUUCUAGGAAACCUUUACCAGUUUUGAAAUUGCUUAUCAUUCAUGAAUAACUUUUUAGGAUGCAUUUCGUUAUUUUGCAUGUGAACAUUUCAGUCACAUUUCAGUCUACAACAAGUCUUGUUAUAAUGUAAUGCCAGCAAAGAGAAAUUGUUCUUAAAAGAGCUUAUUUUUGUGUUCCAGCUGUUGUGUUUUAUUUGGUUCACAUUAAUAGUGAUGUACCAAAUUAAUCAAGAACCAUUUGGUAUUAUCCCUUUCCUUCUUGAGUGUGUGUGUAGGAAUUGACAGGCAUUUUGUUCAUGCUGUGUCCCGGCAACAUGCAGUAUUUGGAAUUUUAGGUUUAUUAGACUACCCUAUUGGUUGUUUAUCUACAUAUCUGCUGAGAAAAUUACAGAAUGCAUCUGGAAUGUAUAUUUUGUAUGAAGUUUCAAGUAAUCAGCACCUUCAUUAGGAAGACGUAGUGAAAUAGUUAAUAGUUAACAGUUAAUAGAUUUGAUAAUCAAACAUUUCUGAUAAUAAGGACAGGAUCUUAGCCACAGGUGUGCCUUCCAUUUCAACAGCCUCAUCUUUAAUAGAUAUUUUAGAGAAAAUAUAAGUUUAGAGAAAGAGCUUAAAUCUUAAACCAAGUAGUCUCACAGUAAUGAGUACAUUGACAUAUUGAAUCGGGACCUUUUCUCACAUAACAUGCCCUUAGAAUUUUGGGUGCAGUGUACUAAAAUAUGGUUUUGUAUAUAUCAUUUUAUACAUAUACAUACUGUAGAAAACUGACAUUUUUAGAGAUUAUAUUUUUUAAAAACGUAUAUAAACACUACAGAAAAGUGAUCAAAUGAAUCAAAAAUGACCUUUGACUAGCCAAAGUGUAUCAAAAAAGGUUUUGAACUGAGUGUAAGGGAACUGUUGGCAUUUGCAUCUAAAAACAAGCACAUUACAUGAUGCCAUGCCAAAAGACGGAAAGAGGUUUCUGUUUUACCGUUUAAAGGCCUUUCAGUGCUUUUUCUCUGUCAAGUGCUGAGGGCCCAGUUUUGUAUUAGUGGUUUGUUCACAAUUAUUUAUUUGUUCUUCUAAAACUGUAAUGUUAUAAUUUUUGCCAGUGUAUUUUUGUUAAUAAAAAUGAAUAC